CUGAUGAAAAAGGGGAAGUGAGAGAUGCUUUCUCUCACCACUCCCUGUCCCAGCUGCAGCCUCACUGUCCCCAAGCUGCUGCAGCCUCAUGGCACCAAUGGCGCUGGCCCUCAUCCUGGGUUGGUGGCUGGUGGCACUGAGCAGGGCAGAGCAACUGCCCCCACCCUCCCUGUCGCUGCACCCCAGCCAGGGGGUGUCCCUGGGGGACACUGUCACCCUGCGCUGCCACCUGCCCCAGCUGGUUGCCUGGGUCUGGCUGUACCAGGACGGAGGUAGGACACACAACAAGUUCCAGGACAAGGGGCAGGAUGCGGUCGAGUUCUCCUUCGUUAGCGCACGUUGGGAGCAUGCAGGGACGUAUCGGUGCCAGUACCAUGUGUCUGAGCCAUUGGGAACAUCAGAAAAGAGCGAUCCCGUGGAGCUGGUGCUGACAGAUCGCAGGUACCCCCCACCUGGCAUUUCUCUGAGCUUUGAGGGACACGUGAUGACAGCCAUCAAUAUCAGUAUCCACAUGGAGAGAGGGUCCAAUGUCACCAUCCGGUGCUGGAACUGGGAGUAUGGAUCCUCCUUCCUCCUGCACAAGGGUGGGCACUCAGCCCCUGUCCAGCGCCAGGACCCCAUUGGUGGAGGAAUGGCCACCUUCACCCUCUUUGGGGUGUCCCCCACUGACAGCGGCACCUAUAGCUGCUCCUACCGCCCCAGGGGUCACCCGUCUGUGUCCUCACCCCUCGGGGACAGCGUGACACUUGAGGUGACAUCCCCACCUACACAUCCAGGUGCCAAUGGGGAAUCCCGUGGGAGCCUGGUUGUGGCAGUGGCAGGGGGCUGUGCCGCUGCCCUCGCCUUCGGCCUCAUCCUCAUCAUCUUCUUCCUCCUGCCUGCCUGCAGACGGCGGAUACAGACAACAGCUGGCUCUGGUGAGUCCCUCAAGAAUUCCAAGGCCAAUGAGCUCCAGGUGCCACCCGCUGACAACGAGGGGCUGACCUACACUGAGCUGCAAGCUGUCACCCCCAGCUUCUGCCGCCCUGGGGUCCCCCAACCCCCUGUUAUCUAUGCUGAGGUGGGCCCUGGGAGACCCCACUGAUGUCCCCUACGUGGGAAGCCUCAUUUUUGGAGUGCAAGAAUGGAAACAGACACCAAGUUCCCCGCUUGGGUCUCAUGGAUGCCCACUGCUCCCCCAGUCCCACAAAUCUCCCCAAAUUUAACAUCCCCCCAAAUCCCCAUUGGUGUGCACCAAAUCGUCCCUAAUCCCACCAAAUCCCUGAACUACCAUCACAAUCCAUCCUUAUCACCUGGAUUACUUUACAUCCCUGGAGACCUCCUAACUCUUCCCAGAUCACCUCCAAACCCCACCAGCACUCCUGUAGGACCCCCAAAACUCUCAAACUCCACACCAAACUCCACCCCCAGCCCUGAGGGACCCCUGGAUCAGUCCCAGUUCACCACAAAAGGUCCCAUACCACUGCAGUGGUGUGUAACAACAUUCACCUCUGAUGUCAUGGGCCAAAAUAAUAAAUCAGCAGGUAUUACUUUCAGAACAGCC